UUCCGGCGCCAGGAGGAGCCGCGCGCUGUUAGUGCUGCCGCCGCUGCCUCCGCUGCUGCCGCUGCUGCUGCCGCCGCCGCCGCCGCUGCCGCCACCGUCAGUCACUCCGCGUUCGGUUCUUCGGCACCCGGUUCGCUGGGACUCUUCGCCGCUUGUGAACUUUGCUGCGGGCUCGGAUCUUGCCGGGAAAAUGUCUGAUGAAUUUUCGUUGGCAGAUGCACUACCUGAACAUUCCCCUGCCAAAACCUCUGCUGUGAGCAAUACAAAACCUGGCCAGCCUCCUCAAGGCUGGCCGAGUUCCAGCCCUUGGAAUAACCCAAGUGCUCCACCUUCUGUGCCAUCCGGACUCCCGCCAAGUGCGACACCCUCCACUGUGCCUUUUGGACCAGCACCAACCGGAAUGUAUCCCUCUGUGCCUCCCACCGGACCACCUCCAGGACCCCCAGCACCCUUUCCUCCUUCUGGACCAUCAUGUCCCCCACCUGGCGGUCCUUAUCCAGCCCCAACUGUGCCCGGCCCCGGCCCCACAGGGCCAUAUCCUACACCAAAUAUGCCCUUUCCAGAGCUUCCAAGACCAUAUGGUGCACCCACAGAUCCAGCUGCUGCUGGUCCUUUAGGUCCAUGGGGAUCCAUGUCUUCUGGACCUUGGGCACCUGGAAUGGGAGGGCAGUAUCCUACCCCUAACAUGCCAUACCCAUCUCCAGGGCCAUAUCCCGCGCCCCCUCCCCAAGCACCAGGGGCAGCGCCACCCGUUCCAUGGGGCACUGUCCCACCAGGAGCCUGGGGACCACCAGCACCAUAUCCUGCCCCUGCAGGAUCAUAUCCCACACCAGGACUCUAUCCCACUCCCAACAAUCCUUUUCAAGUGCCUUCAGGACCUUCUGGUGCUCCACCGAUGCCUGGUGGCCCCCAUUCUUACCAUUAAGUUAAUGGACGAAGAUAUGACGCUUUGCUUUUUGAAGUACAUAUAUAUGCACAUGAAUGCAUAUAUAAAAAUUGCUGGUCUCACUAUUCUUAGAGGGCAUUCAUGAAAGAACAACCCUUGCACCUCUCAGAGAAGAUAUCUGCCUCUUGUACUUGGAUGUAUAGUACAUCUGAUGGAUACAAUCAGAUAAAAAUGUAAAAGUAAAUCGUUCAAAUGUGAUUUUUAUUCGGUUUUUAUGGAACGUUAAAGUGAUGAAGUGUAUUGAAUAGCUCUUUGAUACAGUUUGUUUAAAACAAGUUUUCGAUUUGUUUAAAUUAUGAAACCACACACUUAAAAAUCUAAGAUGAUGUGGAUUAUUGUUACAAUCUGCAACCUCAUUGGCGAAUUAUUUCAAGUAUUUUUCUAUAAUCACUUUUUCCCUAAAUAAACACACUUUGAAAACAAUCACAUUGUCAUAAUUUAAACAAAUGAUGCCUCUCAACAUCUUGAACUGCUCUGUCAGUAGAAAAAAUACACGUGGGCCUCGUGAGGGUGUAGUUUGGAUAUAUAUUUUCAAGCUGUUAGUAAUUAUUGUCAGAUGUUGAGUUCAUUAGCCAGGCAGUGUUCAUUUUUAUCCUCGAGCUUUUAGUAAAAACUUUUCUUUGAUUUUUGAGUUCCACCUGAUUUGCUUUAUUUUUAGCCAGAUGGGUCACACAGCUCUAAAAUCUGCCAUUUAUGAAAACUUUGUUCUUUUUAAUGCAGGCCAACAUGUGUGUGAAUUAAUUCUUAGAGACUUGUUCAUCUCUGUAUUGCUUUGGCAUAGAUUUCGAGAUGUCAGUAUUGCUUUGGGAAGAACUCGAAGGAAAUAAUUCUCUCCUUUGUCUUGAACCUCAAGCCAGAGGAAACCCCGGAAAUUGCUUUAUAGUGACAAGUCACUUGCAUUCCCACAAAACCCUCUUCUACUCAGACCCUUCCCUGUAGGUCCCUUUGCCUCAGUUCUUUAGAAGGAGCACAUCCCUUAGUUUCUCCCUGAUAUGGAAAACUGGCACACUCUAGGGGUCUGUUGUAAACACAUAUAGCAGUUACAGUUCAAGAACCUUAGUCAUUUAGACAUGACUCUGUACAAGUGUGAUCAAAACGUGUACAUGUCUUUCAGAGUCUGGUUAAGCUAUGUCAUUGUCUUAUGCAGUUUCCUGCAUCUGUUGUAAAGUGCUUAUGGCUAACAGUUCUUUGUUUGUUGACAGGUAAAUAGGUAGAAUUGAGUGCCAUUCUUAAAAAUUCUUAAAAAUUACCCUCUAGCUCUAACACUGAAACUAGUAAUAAUAAUAAUAAUAAUAAUAAUAAUAAGGUGUAGAUCUCUGCAGUGUGGCUGUUGCUUAAAUUAGUGUUGUUUGUAACCACCGAAAUAGCCUGAGUAGCUUUUUGUCACCUUAUCUCUAAAUCAGAUCCUUAGAGUCUUAGAAGUGACUAUGUUAUUUGUCAAAUAACAUUGUGAACCUUUGAAUGUAUCCAUGGGGUUACUAAAAUAUGUUGUGAAUUUCUUGCCUAGUCUAGGAGAGAUUUAUGCUGGAGCUCUUGUUUUUGCUUAGAAAUAAAAUAUUUAGUAGUUUGUUUCUCUUAUAUUUUAAAUGUCAAGAAUGCCAAAUGCUGCCAAUUUAAUGGUUUGAUAGCUACCUCCUUUUAAGAAAGCAAGAUGGUCAUCUUUGAGAAAAAUACAGUGUUUAAGCUCCCUUUAAGUAGGUGAUAGAGUCGAGCUUUUAGAAUUGAAGCUGAUUUGUUUAGGUAUCUUCAGACUGGGGAAUGUCGUUAGACAGCUCCUACAGAGUGGCACCAGCGGUCUUGAACAAGUCGCACCAAUCUACAACACUCCUGGAAUCUUUGUCAGAGUAGCUCUAAGGCAGGAGCCUUGGAAGGUAUUUUAGCUUAAAUGAUCAGGCAGUAUCCUGUCAGCUAGCCUGGGGUGGGGUAACAGGAACAGUGAGAUAGCAGUGAAGAUUUCCUGGUGGUUAUUUUGGUUGUGCUGCAUUGGAAGAAGUUGACAACUCUGGCUUUAGAUAGAAUAUUUAAUAUAACACUAGAGGAUACUGUUUGAUUAAGAGAAGUGGUAGCAGGUUUGGGGAUCUGUGGUCAUGCAGUCCAUUUAUUAGAGGAGAAAAUCUGCUAAAGGAUUUGAAGGACCAUGAACAUGAGAUUUGGAAUUCCUACUCCCAAUAAAUACAUAAACUUGGCUAGUGACCCGUACUGCCCCGUGUGCCCUAGACAUAACACCUUUUCUUUGCUUUUCAAGGACUUUCCAACUGGUAGUUGUGAAAUUCUUUUUAAGCUAAGAAGGGAAAUCACAGGGACUAGAAUUUGCUUUUAUGUUCCUUUUGGUUUUUUAGAACCUUAUUUCUCAACCUAUGAGGAGAGUCUUAAUUCUUGUGGGUACUCUGGGACAUAAAUGUAUUUUUAGGUUCAGGGUAAAGUUAAAAGCAGUUGUUGUUCCAGUGGAGGAAUGGGGGAAAACACAGGGGAAGGUUUUUCUCUUUACAAGGAAAUACCGUUGCUUUCGAAACCAGUCCUUUUAGGCUGGCAUCAGUUUAGGGAAGAGACUGUUUCUUAGAAAGUUUGUUAGGUCUCAGAAGGGAAUACACAAGAUGGAAUAUGCUGGCACUUGCACUCUCAGAACAAGAACUUGAAGGCAAAUUUGAUGGAGAUAAUCGAGAUGUGUUGAGGACUCGUGUUUCUGGAGUUGGAAUCUUAGAUUUUGAAACGUUAAACCUAGAAAUGAUAAAAAAAAAUGAAAAUAAAGACCUUAGGUCCUCAUCAUCAUGUGAUGAGAAUCAAGGCUCCUUUCCUUAAAGGAGUGCUUGAAAUCCUUGGCCUUGUCUGUACUGGACUUAGUCUGACACCUUUUCAUGCUUUUGAAGAUGGCUAUUUACAACUGGGACUCCACAGCCUGUUUUGUGUAAAGUAAAAUACUGAUUAUUCAGGAAUAGGCAUACAUUUGUUUUAAUUACCCAGGGCCUCCUUCCUUUGUCAGUUUUCCUGUUGUUUUCAGUAUAGAAUAAUAAAAGGAGAAAAGAAAGGGGGGUGAAUUUUUGGCCUUGGUCUGGCACACCACUACAACAGAAUAUUGGCCUAUUUUCUAGGAAAGAAGUCAGUUUUGCCCAUAAAAUUUGACCUCACAAAUAAUGAUAAGUGCUACCUAUUGUACUCCGGUGGACAGCUUUUAAAAUUAUGUGUUUAGACUUCUAAAUGAUCAGUGCCAGUAUCUUCCUUCCUCACCCUGAAUAAUCGAGUGCUAGAUUUAUAAAAUGCCAGGUUUAUAAACCCUUGACAUUAAACCUAAGCACAGACCUUCAGGUGUUGGCUUUUGAAAAGCAUAAGGUUAAAUUCAGAUGAAUCACACUGAUAGAGGUACUAUGCAGAGAAGGUGGUGGGCAGCUUUCAGGGAAGACUGAAAUUUACUCUUAAUUAAGCAAUAUUGAGUAUUGAAGAUAGACCCCUUUUUAUUUUCAGAAUUCUGCCAAGUAAAAUUAAAAUUGCCAAUAAAAUAAUCAGUAUUAAAGAAAUGCCAUGCAAGCUUCUGGCUAGAGAACACAUCUGAGAACUGCAUUCAUUUGGUAGACACUCCAGUGUCCAAACAAGCUUUGCCACCUUGCAGAGGCACAGAGAGGAAAGAGAAGGCCUGUCCCGCAGCAGCUUAACGUCUAGGGGUGGCAUUUACAGAAUGAAUUAGUACGCGCAUUUUUGGUUUACCUAGGUAAACAUAUUUUAGUUUGCUGCUGGUGGAAAUGAGAGGCCAGCUUUUGGACAUUUUAAAGAGCAAAGUGGUGUACCUUUUUUUAAAGUAAGAAAUUAAUGUUUCUCAAGAUUGUAGUGUUUGUCAGUGCAACUGCUCACGUGUGCAAAGUAACGGGAUGUUUUUCCUCUUCACUUCUUCCCUGGAUGAAGGCACUUACUGCCUGUCACUGGUUAGCAGAUACAGAUUUGUUGCCAUUAAGUAAACUUGACUUAUGCGUGCUCUAUAAAGUUUUUUUUUUGUAUUUUUUCUUAAUAUUGUGAUUUUUUAAAUUGACUUAAUAAUGACAAAUUUAAUGUAUGUAAUUGUCUAUGCAUUUUAAGUUAAACUGCCUAAAAUGUGAUUUGAGACAUAGACAUUUGUUUUGUAUUAUGAACUGUAAGCAAUCUGUUUGAGACGUUAGGUUUUAUCACCUGCUGCUGUAUUUGUAAACAAAAACAUAUGUUGCUUUAAGAAGUAAUUAUAAUUAGGAAUAGUCUAUGGAUGUGAUACUUGAUAUUUUUUAAGAUAAACUUGUUUGCUUUUGUGUAUUAUACCUGAAAACUUUUUAAAAAAAUGUAUUUUCAUGGUUUCA